AUGGCACGGGGAAAGAAGAACGGCGGCGAGUCGUCAGCGUCGCCAUGCCACUUCGACGAGCGGCACAAGGUCCCGAGAGGGCACGUCCCGAUGGUCACCGGCUGCGGUGCCCGAGUGGUGGUGCCGGUGAGGCUGCUUGGGGACCCGUGCAUCGCGGAGCAGCUUGACAUGGCGGCGCAGCAGUACGGCUACGGCCAGCCAGGUGUGCUGCGGAUCCCAUGCGACGCCGGGCAAUUCCGCCGGGUCGUCGACGGCGCGCUGCACAGAGCCGACACGUGA